CAUUUCAAACCACACAUUCAAAAACUCACUCUGAAAAUACAAAACUUUCAGAGCGCAGAGGAGAGAGAGAGAGAGAGAGAUCUAUGUCUAUAUCCAUGGCGUUAUUCUCUCCACCGAUCUCGUCAUCACUUCAAAACCCUAACCUCAUCCCCAAGAUCUCAUCUUCUCUCCUCUUCUCCACCAAACGUUUCUCCCUCGUCUCCGUCACUCGAGCUUCCUCUGACAAUGGCACGACUUCACCAGUAUCCGCCACCGUCUCGGAGGUUCCGAAACCUACUUCUGUAGCUGUAAAGGAAGCUCCGGUGAAAUCUCCGGCGGAGAGCUCCUCCGCUUCUGAAAACGGCGCCGUUGCAGCUGCGGAGACUGAUUCGACCACAACAACGGUGAUCAAAUUUGAGAACACGAAGUGGGUUAAUGGAACUUGGGAUCUGAAACAGUUUGAGAAAGAUGGGAAAACAGAUUGGGACUCUGUAAUCGUUUCUGAGGCGAAGAGGAGAAAAUGGCUUGAAGAUAACCCGGAAACAACUACUAACGACGAGCCUGUACUGUUUGAUACUUCGAUUAUUCCAUGGUGGGCAUGGAUGAAGAGAUACCAUCUACCUGAAGCUGAACUUCUCAAUGGUCGUGCUGCGAUGAUAGGGUUCUUUAUGGCUUACUUUGUUGAUAGCCUUACCGGAGUAGGACUUGUUGAUCAAAUGGGGAACUUCUUCUGCAAAACACUCUUGUUUGUGUCUGUAGCUGGAGUUCUUUUCAUCCGCAAGAACGAAGAUUUAGACAAACUCAAGGAUCUGUUCGAUGAGACAACGUUAUAUGACAAGCAAUGGCAAGCGGCAUGGAAAGAGCCAGAUUCAACAACAGGUUCUUCAAAGAAGUGAACAAGUUCUUGCAUCUUUUGUUUUCCUCUUUUCGUUUAUGAGUAAGAAAAAUCUGUGAAUCAGUGAGAGUCUCUCUCUCUACUGAACUACUGAUCUUCAUCAGAUUUGUAAUCUUUCUGCUUUAAAAAAUCUCUAUGAAGUAGAGUUCACAGAGAAAAAUGUGUCAAAAUUAAGGAAAGGUCUUUGACUUGUAGACCAGACCUAUUCCGUUUUGACGCUUGAUAAGUAUGAUCAAUGGGAGAUUUUUUAUGCUUUCA